ACGGCCGCCAGCCGGUAACCAUCUAGUAACUGGGUCACGAGCGGUAGUUUCCGUAGUUUCCGCACAUAAUUUGUGAGACAUGCAGCGUUGGAAAGGCCGUGUAGCGCUGGUGACCGGCGCGUCUGUGGGGAUCGGGAACGCCACAGCUCGUGCACUGGUCCAGCAUGGCAUGAAGGUGGUGGGGUGUGCGCGGGACGUCGACAAAAUACGGGAAACAGCAGCCGAGCUGCAGCAGACAGGUGCUGCAGGACAGCUGUAUCCUGUCCAAUGUGACCUGACAGUGGAGGCUGAGAUCAGAGCCAUGUUUGACGACAUCCAGUCCCAACAUGGCGGCGUGGACGUCUGUAUCAACAACGCCGGACUCGCCAUAAAGGCCCCACUUCUGUCUGGUAGUUUUGAGGAUUUCAGGACGAUGACGGAUGUGAACAUCCUGGCGCCCACCCUCUGUACCCAGCUGGCUGUACAGCAGAUGAGGAAGAGAGGAGUGGAUGAUGGACACAUCAUCACCUUAAACAGUAUGUCUGGUCAUCGUCUUGUUGGGUCGAAUGCCUUUUAUUCUAUGACGAAGUUUGCCAUCACGGCCAUGACUGAAGGGCUGAGGAGAGAGCUGAGGGAGAUGAAGUCACACAUCAGAGCUACGUGCAUUUCUCCUGGCCUGGUAGAGACAGAGUUCGCCAUUCGCCUACAUAAAGAUGAUGUACAGAAGGCUCAUGCCGCUUAUGCCAGCAUUGAAUGUCUGCAAGCUAAGGACCUGGCUGAUAUGAUUCUGUAUGUUUUGGGUGCUCCGCCACAUGUGGAGUUCAAUGACAUUUGGGUGAGGCCAACAGAGCAGGUCUUUUAACAGUCGAGGAUCUUCAACAAGGAUAAUGGAAAGUUCUAAAUAUUGCCGAACUUUUUAGCACAAAAUAAUAUUCAUGAUUUAUUGAGCUUUAAAAAAAAUGAUACAGCUUUGCAGAGCCCCUGAUGGGGGUUCUGAAUAGUCAGUCUUUUACAAUGUCUAGAUUAAUAACUAGUAGUGAGAAUCAUUGCCAUGGAUGAUUUUGUAUCUUCUAUCUAAAACUAAAGGAAUAUCAAUUUGGACUAUCCAAGGCACAAAAUUACUUUCCAUUCAAAUUAUACUAAAUGAUAUUCUAAAAUUAUUUUUGAGCAAACUGGAUUCUUUACUAAGAGGCCCAAAAUAUAGGGUAUUGAACUAUUGCUGUAGUAUUGACUAAGUCCAUUUGGUCAUGGUGACUAGUCCAGGUUUGCUGCCCACUGACUUUUCCCAGGGAUAUGCAGUGUACUGCACAUGUCUUAAACUACCUCAAUAAAGUCAUGCAAAUGAAAUAAAAUAUAAUUCCCUCUCUAUUCGGUUUUAUUUCAUUUUUUUUAGAACAGAAUAGAUAAAUGCUACCUACUCACAUGUUCACCCAGUAUGAGCCUUUUCGGAAGUACGUGGUGAACACUGAAUGCGGAAUAUUAGUUUGAUACUAUGUUGGUCAUGCAAAUGCAGAUAAGAUGCAGAUAAAACAUCUUUUUAACUCACACCUUAUUGUAGACAUGUCAGAUUUGUAAGCUUUAAAAAUAAAUGAUUUCCAAAGAGUA